AUGGAAGAGGGUCGGGCUGGGAGCUUCUUUAAAUACCCUUACACUAUGUUCCAAAUAUGGAGUUCUACUCACUUUUUUUCCAAAUUCAAGAUUUGCGAGACAUGCCCAGGCGCUCAGCUUCUUGUCUAUGUAAAACACUCACCUCAAUAUGGCAAAUGUGUGGAUACAUGUUCCGAAGGACAAGUACCAGAUUAUGAAACCAAUUUGGUGCAAGCUCGUUGUGUUCUCCGCGAGGAACGAUGCGGAUUGGGCUAUUAUUUAAAUUCUAUAGGGAAAUGCGAUCAGUGUGAUCAAGCUUGCGCAACAUGCCAUGGUCCAGGCUCUUUAGGCUGUGACACUUGCGCAGUGGGAUACGGAAAUCGCUCCACAGGCUAUUGCAGGCAAUGUUGUGGGGAAGGACAGCAACAGUCUCAAACCUACCGAUGUGUUGUGGUCAUUGUUUCCCUAUUUGGAACUGUAGGAUAUUGUCUCUUUAGGGAUGAUCGCAGUCAAAUCGAUUAUACACCUCUGCCUCACUACAAUAGCCAUACGGAAGAAGUGCAUAUAUUGGACUCCGACUCAGACAACGAAGAAGAUCCCGUCUUUGAUGCCAAACGCAUGGAAAUUUGA